GCUGUUGGCCUCUUCUAUAAAUAGCUGUUUUUGGGCGAUGGCUCAUUCCCCGAGAAUUGUUGAAUGUGGGAAAACCAGUCGCUUGUUUGAGAUCUGGAUUUCCAGGAAAUCGUAGCGGAGUCUUAUAUAAAAUACUCGAAUGUGUUUCACGUGACAUUUCUCAUAUUCCUCGCUUCACAACAGACCAAGAUGGCGAUGGUAUCGUUUGGAGGAUGUGAGCGACAAGUGCCCAGUUUGGUCGUGUCGCAGUUCCAGAUGGGUCUCGAGUUCAUUGACAAACUAAUGGCUGGAUUACAGGUGACCCAGUUCAAGACUGGUAUCCAAUUCAUUGACCAACUAAUUGCUGCAUUGCAGUUUAGAUAUUACAAUGUCAAACGAAACAUAGAAAAUGCUAGUGCAGCUUUCUCACAGGCUGAAUGUGAGUUAGAAAACCAUAUCCGUCAUCAAACCAAAAAGUGUCGGGAAGAGGAAGCAGAACUAUCAAACAUGCAUAGAAGACACCAAGAAAUUCUUAAAUCUCUGGCAGGCUUGAACGAUUCACUGGAGACAUUAUCAAAAACACUCAAGGAACUGAGAAAGAAGGUUGAAAGUGCUCAAAAGGAUGUGGAGGAAUCGAAGAAAAGUGUCGCAAAGGCAACAAGGGAGUACGAACUGGCCAGUGUAACUAGAGAAGCAGUUCGGGUGGCAGGAAAGGCGACGAGUUGGAUACCUUUUGUCGGAUCCACACUCUUGGAAGUUUCUGAGACGACACUCAAACAACAUGUUGAUAAUGCAGAAUAUCGCCUUGACUCUGCCAAAUCAGCUUUAUCCAGUGCUGAAGACACUGUAUGUGAGAUGGCAAAAGCUCGUGAAAAUGCUCAAGGUGAUAUCAAGAGACGUGAAAUAGAAAAGAUUAAAAUGGAAGAAGAAAUGAAAUUGACUCAGAAGAAUAUUUCUACAUACAGGAAGGACAUUAACGAGCAAAAUCGAUCCUUAACAGCGUUGAGGAAGGUGAUGACUCGUCUGGGUAAAGUGUCGGGACGAGCAGAGGUACUAAAUGAUGCCACGGCCAUCAUGCAUGAUAUAGCAGAGAUCGGGAUACCUCUUAAGAGUUUGCUUGACAGUUUUGAGGAGUUCAUUACGCAACCAGAUCUCUGGAAGAAGGUGCUUUCUCGUCCUGAAUUUCUGGCCGUUUGCGAUGAUGACGAUGGAGACUGGUGAAUGAAAACAGAAAUGAUACCUUGACAAUGUUGCUAAGAUUGUUGUCUCCAUCACGUGAAGAGGAUAAUCAAGUUCUUAAAGUGUUCGCUGAUCAGGUUUUAUUUGAGAACGAUUGGCAUUGGAUUCAUGUAGAUCAUUGUCAAUGUAUGUUUGGACACUGACAAAUAGGCCGUCUGUUAUGUUUUGUGUGUUUCCCGUCUCAAGGCGGGCCUAAAAUACUUUUGCCCGCAUGACCAUUAUUCAUUCUGCUCUGACAAGCAAUAUACGAAUUUCCCAUUCAUAAAUAGAUUUUGUACUUUACUUUUUAUCUUGAGAAUAAUCGAGAGUGGAAAUAUAUGAAGCUUUUUCCUCUUUCGAAGUCUCCCUCUUUUCCGUCUUCAAAGCUUUGACGACGACACAGCAUUCGUUGUAAUUCGACCGUACACGAAGUAACGAUGCACUCUUUCUAAAAAUUAGUAAAAAAGUUGUCACCAGUUUUGAAUCAAUAAUUCAAAUUGAAUUAUUUGAUAGGCAUUACUUUGAAGUUGACGGGUGAUAAAGUAGACACAAUUUAUGGAUAAAUACUAAGAGCCAACGGCAGAAACGCAACCAAACGCCAAGAACCUGAAUAUGUAGUUUAUAGAUUUGACUGUGGACAAGCAUUGGUGUGGUGCAACUGUGGUAAAACAUUCCGCCCCAUGAACACCGGAAUCAAAGAGCACAAAGCUUCAACCAUCAAAUCAGACAGUAAAUCAGCCAUCUUGGACCAUAUCAGCAACUGCCUCAAUCACAACAUCAACUGGGACAACCUCAAUGAUUUCAUCAAAAGAAAACUAACUGAAGCAGUCCACAUUCGCCGCCACAAGCAACCAAUCAACAGAGAUCCAGGCUAUUUCAUCCUAUCCGCCUACUAUAAACUCACUGAGCAAUAAUCACCAUUUCCAUGUAAACCUAUCCUGUUUAAUUAGCUUCCUGACUGACGGGCUUUCACCUCGUCUGUUCUCUGUCUAUCAAGUUGUUAUAGUAUGUUAUCCUUCUGUUGUCAUUACUUAACCUACUCAUGUUAUCCCCACUCAUGGAUGCAUUUGUUCUCUGUCCAUCAAGUUGUUAUAGUAUGUUAUCCUUCUGUUGUCAUUACUUAACCUGCUCAUGUUAUCCCCACUCAUGGAUGCAUUUGUUGCUACUGUUAAUCCUCCACCUACUAUAUAUAUUCUGUACCAUCUUAAUCUUACAGUCUUGCAUGACAACUGUAUAAGGGUCUAUUCCGAAAUGUCUCCUUUACAGUAAUUAAAGAAGUUGUUUUCCAUA